AUAUACGCGCGGACACAAAUUCAUAGGUUUUUGGGUAUAUUGUGACGUUUUAGCCCCUGGAGAAAAUCGAUAUAAAAUCGUUUGUUAAUCCUCUGCAGAGUCUCGCAUUCAGUUGAAGGAAGAAGAGUCUCGCUUUGCUUUAUAGAAGAUGCAGGCCAGCGACAGGUUUAACAUUAACUCUCAGCUUGAACAUCUACAAGCUAAAUAUGUGGGAACUGGACAUGCAGACAUGAAUAGAUUUGAGUGGGCAGUAAAUAUCCAACGUGACAGCUAUGCAUCCUAUGUCGGCCAUCACCCUAUCCUAUCAUAUUUUGCAAUUGCUGAAAAUGAAUCAAUUGGAAGAGAACGCUAUAACUUUAUGCAGGCAUUUGUUUCUGGGUUGGGACCGGUCGGCACUAAAGUCCCUGUUGCCUUAAACUGGCAGUGCUUAAAAUGAAAAAUCUGUGCUCUGUUUGAGACUGGAUUCCAAAGCCCACAGUGCCUCAAAGUCUUCUCUGUGCCUUAAAGUUGCCGCUUGUCGGUGACCGAAUAAAUCGAAGCUGUGCGUUGUAAGGGCCAUAUAUAUAUAUAGAGUAAAGUGCACUUUGUGUACUCUUACUUUACUCAAGACACCGUUUGCAAUACUGCAAUUCAAAAUCGAUCACUUGCAAUAUC